AUGACAACCUACCUCCGCAGCCUCUUUGAAGGCAGCUUCAAUGCGAACAAGAGGAGACCCUCUUCAUUCCAUGAUUCUAAAUCACGUCGACGCUCUUGUUCAUGUGCCGGGAGCGAGACAUCCUCCACCGUUUUACCUGUUGGAUACGGCUCAGUGACAAAGAGAAAUUCUGUAUCCGGCACGCCCUGUCCUCCCCGGGAUCUUUCACAUGCGUCGCUGCCAACGCAGAAGAAACAUCCCCACCACCACCACCACCGUCAUCACGACUCAGCAGAGCGUCUAACUCUCAUUCACGAACAUGAUGCUAGUCAAACACCUUAUCCCAUAUACAUCCCCAUUGAAUCCUCCCAUCCCUCACGAGAAAGUUCAACAGAUUCAUCAACACCAACACCACCCUCUAAGCCCACUACCAGCGUCAUACACCCCGAACCUCGCCCCGCCUUGAAGAAGGAGAGAAGUACAUGGCAGGCAGGAUCACAUCCGCGGACACAGCACCACGUAUCUUUCGCUAAUCCGUACAUCCCUGACGUCCUCCACAUGCAUCCUCUCCUCGCUGCUAGCCGUCUCAACCGAGCGCCCAUAUCAUACGAUGUGACAUUCGCGCCAUCGUCGACAUCUAUCGUUGACCGUAGAACUCGGACAUCUAUACCUACUCAUACACUCUCCCAACCUGCCACCGACCCUGCGAAGUCUAACAAACUCGUGCUGAGAUGCGACAGGUUCCCUUGGCCGGUCAUCGUGUAUCCUUCUCAGCGCCCUGGAGCAAUAACUAACCUUGACCUGUUGGCCGCGGUGUACAGUACGCUCUCGGCACAGGUGACGCACGACGAGUGGGAUGCGCUAGGGCAUGGCACACACGCCCAACUGAAAGCGGCCAAGGCAUACGAGGUCCGAUGUGCGAAAGUUGGCGGAGGAUGGGACGAUGGUGUGAGAAGGAUUGACUGGCUGGGCGAGAAGACGUGCUUGGUCGGCGUUGAGGUGGAUAAAAGCGUUUCCGAGUGCGGUGUUGGGAAAUUGGUCUUUGCGAAGCCUUGA